GCUGGGGGUCGGGGGUGGGGCUUCGGAGGGCGCGCACCCGGGCGGCGGUCAUGGAGGGCACCGGCGCCGGCUUCCGGAAAGAACUGGUGAGCAAGCUGCUGCACCUGCACUUUAAGGAUGACAAGACCAAAGUCAGCGGGGACGCACUGCAGCUCAUGGCGGAGUUGCUGAAGAUCUUCGUUGUGGAGGCAGCCAUCCGCAGCAUCCGGCAGGCCCAGGCAGAGGACCUGGCCCGCGUGGACGUGGACCAGCUGGAGAAAGUGCUGCCUCAGCUGCUUCUAGACUUCUAGGGGUUUCCACACUUGCUGCGGCUGCCUGUCCAAGUCAUGGCCAAGCCCCGUGUCCACAUGUCUUCUGUGGCCUCUGACCUCAGGCAGGGAAGGUGCUGCUGAUCCCCGAGAUUCUCUUCCCGCCCCGAAGAUGGGCCAGGCCCCAGCAAAUGCAUCUCUCCUCCUGGCAUCCUCUCUGCCCUGCUGCCGACAGCCCGGAUGCAGCGGAUAGGGGGUCAUUGAGGGGAUGGGGGGCCUGUGUGGGGAACCAGGCCCAUGGGGUCUGGCACCAUGACACGUGCCCACCCCUUGUGCCUCCUGGGGCAGCUGAGCACCCACCAGUGUGCAAGAAGCACUGGGUCCUCGGGAAGCAGGUGCCGAGGGAGAAGCCGGGACCAGCCCACCAGAGCAGGUAACCUGUGUGUCUUCUACAAACAAGCAAAGCUGCGUGCAGUCCUGCCACCCUGACAUCAAAGCUAGUGUGUAACCUUUUAACCACUUGAUAUUCCCCUCUGAAGAUGCUUCCCUGAGCUAUAAAUUUGUUCUCACAAAGCAACAUCAAUAAAUCAAAGCUGCCUCUCCCAG